AUGAAUGAAAUUCAAGGUGAUUUAUUUGAUAAUUCCGACAAAAAUGAUGCAUUAGCUCACUUUGGACAAGUCGCUUAUCUUCUUCGAGGAAAUCGUUAUAUUUUUUAUUUGAUUACAAAAUCUAAUGUUAAUGAUAAACCUACUGAAGAAGAUUUUGAGAAAUCAUUAAUUGAUUUAAGAAAUUUAUGUGAAAAGUUGAAUGUUCAAGGUUUGAGUGUACCCAGAUUAGGAACUGGUCUUGAUUGUUUAAAAUUGGAAUUUGUUAAAGAUGCUAUUAAUAGAGUUUUUACGGGUUGCAAUAUUAGGAUUACCAUGUAUUAUUUAUAA